GCCGCUUCCCCUUUAAGGGUUGGGGGCGCAGCGCCGGCAGCGGCGGCAGCUCGCUAUGGUUGUGCUGAAAAGCCUGGAGGGCACCCCGGCCGAGGCAACGUCGGCGACCAUGACCGUGACAGCGGCGGCGGCCCCUGCGACGGACGGGGGAGGAGGAGGAGGAGGAGCAGCAGCAGCGACAGCGGCUCCCCCCGGAACGCCGCCGGGCGGGGAGCCUUACCUACACUACCACUCCCACCUCCCGAGGGCCAAGCGUUUCACCCCCGCCAAGCGAAGGCAGUACUUUAUCAACCAGGCUGUGAGGAACUCGGACCUCACGCCCAGGGCCAAGGGCCGAAAGAGGCUGCAGCGGAUGGAGAACAGCCACUAUCUGAUGACCCUUAUGGAGAGGGUUGAAUGCUCCCCUGAUGAUGGGGACCUGGCCCUCCCUGCUCCUCCCAGCAUCUUUGCCAAAGCCUGCAGCAACGAGACCUACAUCGAGAUCUGGAGUGAUUUUAUGAAUCGGUCUGGAGAGGAGCAGGAGCUGUACCUGGAGGAAGAAGCUACAAAAAAGCAGAAGAGGAAGGUCCCUGCGAAGACUGAGGAUAAUCGCAAAGAAGAUCCAUCCUACACACCCCAGGCCUGCUUCCAGAGGAUUAACCGUCGCCUACGGACCACUCUGAAGCGGGGGCGAAUCCCCAUGGACACACUGGAGGGUCUGGAAGGAAAGCUCCUGAGGUUUUUCUCUGUCACCCCUCGAUCUGUCUACAUAGCCAUGAUGGAUAGCAGCUUUGAGAGGCUCUUGCUUCAUGCCCUCUGCCAGUACAUGGACCUGGUGUCUGCCAGUUCCGACUUUGAGGGCAGACGGCAAAUGAAAGUGAGCAACAAACACACCAACUUCUUGCCUCCAGAACAGCUGCUGUCUGCCUACCUGGAGCAGAGGAGCUGAUAGCAUCCCUCUUUCCUGGCCACCUUGGGGCCAGGACACCCUGUCUUCUCAUCUCCCUCUCUUGGGAGGUGGGUGGGGGGCAGGACUUGUCUACCCCAGGGCAGCAUGGUCCCCAGAUCAGUUGAUUUGCCAUUGUUAUUAUUAUUUUUUUAAUCUACCCUGAAUUCUGCCUGGCCCACUUUGCUUAGAUCUGGGGUUUGCUUCUGGUGUUUUAAUUUUCUUUUUACAAGGUACUUGAGAAGUCCUGAUUUUUAUUUUAUUAUUAUUUUUUUUGUGGAUUUCAUCCCUGACCUGCAGAUCUCUCAUUCCUCUUCCCUGCCUCCUCCUCCCCCAAAAUCUAUCAGCCUUUUUCCUUGGAAAGAGGAAUGAAAACUCUGCCUGAGGUGUUCCCCGCCUCAGAUUCUUUUAGGCUUUCUGGAGGAAGCUCUGCCUCCCCACCUCAGGCAGCAAAGAAGCCCCCAUGGAUGUUUAUAAUCCUGUUUUGCUAUGACCCCAGAUCUCUGGGCUGGGGCUUGGGGUUGAGGAUUGUUGACUGAGCAGGGAGGACUACAGGAGUGAGCAGCCUUUCCCAGAUCAGUGUCAUCUGUCCCCAAGGGGAGUAGGCUGGCAGACAGGGUUUUAUCAUUAUUAUAAUAUUUUUAAAAGUUUUUUUUGAGGAUGGGUUAGGGAGGGGUAUAGGAGUUGGUUUGUUUUGGUCUUAAAGAAACCAAAUUUGAGUUUGAUUCCCCUUGGGAUCUAGCUCUCCCCCAAAUGAUCAAUUUGUGUGUAGCUAGAGGUGUCUCCACUGUACCCUUCCUCCCUCCUUCCCUCCCCCCCCAACUAAUUGAGCCAUUUCCAGGCUGGCCUGAGUGGCCCUUGGUCCAGUUCGGACCUGAGGGAAGAUGGCCAUCCUGUGAGUUGUUGUGGCCAGCAGGGCUGGGGGUGCCUUUCAUUAUUGCCCAUACUACGACCAUACUUUUUCUAUAGUGUGUUAUGUAUAUCUCUGUGUGUGUGUGUGUGUGUGUGUGUGUGUGUGUCCCUGUCCCUGACACUUGCCCCCUCCCCACCCCCUCCAUCCCUAGUAGGACAGCUUUGUCCUUCAUCCCCUAGAGAAUGAAUUUUUUUAAAACCCUAUAUUGUAACCCUGGGCCCAAAGGGUCCUAGGGACUCCACAUUUUGGGGGUAUGUGUUUGUUUUUUAAACUGUGUGUCUUCCUGUGGUGCCUUUUUUUGCAGACUUACUUGUUAUCACUUGCAUGGCGGGUGAAACUGCAGGGCCCCUGGCCUCCCCCCUUGCUCUAGGCCCUGGCUCCCCAGUAGCCCUCCUAUGGAGCUGUUUGCCAGUUGGGGACCCUGGACUCAGAGCUUGGUGAUCCUUGGGGGCCCCUCUGGUCAGCAACAGUCUCUCUUGCCGACAUUUAUAUACUUGGGCCUCCCCUCCCCUCCCCUCUGAUCUCAGCCAUGGGAUAGGGGACUCGGGCUGGAGGGUUGAUGCCCAGGGCCUACUUCUGUUCUGGGUCUCACUGCCCAGACAAGGCCAUGGGUGAAGAAGGCAAGGGGGACUGCUAGCUGGGCCUUAGAUGUUGCUUGGCUUUGGGGAAGGCGGGUAUAAUAAAUUCCUGGUGCUCUGUA